AUGGUUGAUGAUGGCGUCGUCGCUAACAGGCUCGUCAGUGCUGCAGUCAUGCCCAUCCGGAAGGGACGCCCAGCAGGAAAACACAUGCUCUACAUGGUUCAUCGUGCGUUACCAAGCACCUACACCAUCUUGUGGCUCGGAACCGAGAACAUGGUGGUGCGGGGAUCUUUGUGGUUCAUGGUGACCACAUCUCACUGCAAAGGCGCAGCGACACGGUUGACCGACAGUUGCAGGGAUUCUCGAAGAGCUCAUGCCGAUCAUGACCAAACCUCCAUGAUCUCCAUCACUCCCGAGCGGUCACAAGCCUCACCCUCGUCGGCUCUUCCGUCUGUCUAUGCAUCGCCUUUCUCCUACCCACGAUGCCAAAGCUGCAAUUGUAUCCUCAGCCAGAACAUGACCAUGAUGGACAGCCCAACAGUUGCCAUUGCCAAUGCCUCUACAACAAAGGCUUCCAUCACUAUGUCGCCGAAGAACACUCGCUCCGCUGAGAACAACCUCCCCGAAGACGCGAGAACCUUGAUGUCUUCACACCAUCAGCGCUCGCUUCCAAGCUUCCAUCAUCCCUGUAUCAAUCCCCGACAAGCACAAACUCGAGUUGCUUCUCCGACCGCAAUGCACAAUAAUCGAUUAGCGCUUCUCGGGAUGUCAAUUCUUCCUUCAGAAGUUAUUUGA